AUGUCUGACCGAAUGCCUGAGGCCGAUCCACGCAUAUCGAGUGAAAAGCCACGGCGAUCCAUUGAUGCAGACAGACCGAGGUCUUCAAGUUCGAGUGCGUCGUCGUUGAGCUCAAGUAGCUCGUUUGAAUAUGACCCGCAGGUGCACAGGCUGCAAUCACGGAAUACGGAGCUCGACUUGGAACGUCAGCGGACGGCGGCUUCGCGCGCAUUGAGCAGGACUGAGACGCAACGCGCUCAACAUGCGCUCACUGUCGGAGAGAGCCUUAAGUCGCGACCGUCGCGGACGCCUUUGCCCCCUUUUGGUGGGGGGAAGGAGUAUCCCCCACUUCUCCCUGCGCGCGAAGAUUACGUUGUGGAGUUCGAUGGGCCGGACGACCCGUUAUACCCGCUCAAUUGGCCUGUGAAAAAGAAAUGCUACAUCAGUGCCAUCCUCGCCUUCACCAGUAUCUGCUCGACCUUCGACUCCGCCGUCUUCAGUUCUUCCUCCCGUAAUGUCGCGAGCCACUUUCACGUUGGUCUCGAAGUUGCUAUUCUCUCCAGCUCGCUAUAUAUCGUCGGUUAUGCCUCAGGUCCGUUAAUUUGGGCUCCGCUAUCCGAGCUCCGGGGCCGUCGCUUCCCCAUUAUCAUCGCUAUGUUUGGAUUCGGCAUCUUCAACAUCGCAGUUGCAGUCGCAAAAGACCUACAAACUCUCUUAAUCUGUCGAUUCUUCUGUGGUAUCUUCGGCAGUUGUCCCCUGGCGGUUGUGGCUGCAGUGUUCUCUGAUAUAUGGGACAACCGCAGCCGUGGACCCGCCAUCGCCUGCUUCUCGUCCACAGUGUUCCUAGGCCCUCUCUUGGCACCUUUCAUUGGAGGCUUCAUUAACAUGUCCCAUCUCGGCUGGCGGUGGACUGCAUACAUCCCCGCGUUCAUGGGAUUCGGCGCUUUCGUCCUGAACCUUUUCUUCCUGAGGGAGUCAUAUCCGCCUGUUGUCCUUGUUGACAAAGCCGCGGAGCUGCGUCGCCGGACUAAGAACUGGGGAAUCCACGCCAAGCAGGAAGAAAUCGAGGUUGAUCUUCGAGAGCUGAUUGUAAAUAACUUCUCCCGCCCACUUCGGCUGCUGAUUAACGAGCCCUUGAUUCUUGCUGUCACUAUCUAUCUGAGCUUCAUCUACGGCUUGCUUUACUGCUUCUUGACAGCCUAUACGCUCGUCUUCCAAGGGGAAUAUGGCAUGAACGCCGGAGUUGGAGGUCUUCCUCUCUUCGGCAUGGUGGCAGGUCUAUUCAUCGCCGCGGCUUAUAUCAUCAUAUCAAGCAGGUGGUACAAUCAAAAGCUCAGCAAGAACGGCGGUGUCCCUGUCCCGGAGUGGCGUCUUCCGCCCGUAAUCUUCGGUGGUGGUCUCUUCGCUGCCGGGCUCUUCUGGUUCGGAUGGACCGGUUUCAACGGUACUAUCCACUGGAUCGUUCCCACCCUGAGCGGUCUCUUCACCGGCUUUGGACUUCUCGUCAUCUUCAUCCAACUGUUCAACUAUCUGAUUGACACAUACCUCGUGUUCGCCGCAUCCGCCAUAGCAGCAAACACAUUCUGCCGGUCAAUGUUAGCAGCCAGCUUCCCGCUUUUCUCGCGACAGAUGUUCCAAGGUAUGGGUAUCCAAUGGGCGUCCACGCUUCUCGGAUGCGUUGCAGCUAUCCUUGUUCCGAUUCCCAUUGGAUUCUAUUUCUUUGGUAAGAAAUUGAGAAUGAAGAGCAAGUAUGCUCCGUUCUAUGAGGCUGUUCAGGAAGGACAUGGGACUGAUGAUUUGGAUGCGCAAGCGGAGGAGACUGUUGGCCCGCCAUCGCAUUAA